GUCCAGGUCGUUUGGCUGGGGCUAAAUGUUUUCCUGUUUGUUUAUGCUUUCCUGACGUUUCAGAAGUCGGACAAAUACUACUACACCAGAGAAAUCGUUGGGUCUUCACUAGCGUGGGCCCGGGCCUCUGCUCGCUGCCUGAACUUUAACAGUUCGUUGAUCCUGCUCCCUGUGUGCCGAAAUCUGCUGUCAUUCCUAAGAGGCAGCUGCUUGAGCUGCAGGCGCACGUUGAGGAAGCAGUUGGAUCACAACCUCACCUUUCACAAGCUGGUGGCCUACAUGAUCUGCCUGCACACAGUCAUCCAUGUUGCUGCUCACCUGUUCAAUUUUGAACGGUACAACAGGAGCUGGAAGGCCAAGGAUGACUCUCUGGCCUUCACCCUCUCUAACCUGUACCCCCAUAAGACGGGCAGCCCCUGGCUAAAUCCCUUUCCCUCGCCAAACAUGACGGUAGAGCGCUUGACCUUCACCAGCAUCGCUGGCCUCACUGGGGUGAUCAUCACCUUAGCCCUGAUCCUCACAGUGACGUCAGCCACAGAGUUCAUCCGCAGGUGUUACUUUGAGGUCUUUUGGUACACACACCAUCUCUUUGUCAUCUACUUCAUUGGCCUUGUAAUUCAUGGACUUGGGGGGAUGGUCCGAGGUCAAACAGAAGACAGCAUGAAAGAACACCCCCCCAGCAAGUGUGCACAGGAAUAUGCAAAAUGGGGUGAGCCCUCACACUGUGCAUAUCCCCGGUUUGAAGGGCUACCCGCUGAGUCCUGGAAGUGGGUUCUAGCCUCAGUCAUCCUAUACAUCUUUGAACGGCUCAUCCGGUUUUACCGCUCACAGCAGAAGGUGGUGAUUACCAAGGCCGUCCUGCACCCUUCUAAAGUACUGGAGCUGCAGAUGAACAAGUGUGGUUUCCGCAUGGAAGUGGGACAGUAUAUCUUUGUCAAUUGCCCCUCAGUGUCUCCCUUGGAGUGGCACCCUUUCACCUUGACCUCAGCACCCGAGGAACCUUUUUUCUCCAUCCAUAUUCGGGCAGCAGGGGACUGGACAGAGAGUCUUAUAAGGGCAUGUGAACAACAGAAUUCCCCAAUGCCCAGGCUGAAAGUAGAUGGUCCCUUUGGCACAGCCAGUGAGGAUGUUUUUCAGUAUGAAGUGGCUAUGUUGGUGGGAGCAGGAAUUGGGGUUACCCCCUUUGCCUCCAUCCUGAAAUCCAUUUGGUAUAAGUUUCGACAUGCAGACCACACCCUCAAAACUAAAACGAUUUAUUUCUACUGGAUCUGCAGGGAAACGGGUGCCUUCGCCUGGUUCAAUGACUUGCUGGCUUCCUUGGAACGGGAGAUGGAAGAGUGUGAAAAAGUGGGUUUCUUAAACUAUCGGCUCUUCCUCACCGGGUGGGACAGCAAUAUUGCUCAUCAUGCAGCAUUGCACUUUGACAAAUCCACUGAUGUUGUGACUAGUUUGAAACAGAAAACCUCCUUUGGCAGACCUAAAUGGGACAAUGAAUUUUCUGCCGUGGCUGCUGUCCAUCCCAGGUCAGUGGUGGGGGUUUUCCUGUGUGGCCCCCAGACUCUGGCAAAGAGCUUACGCAAGUGUUGUAACCACUACUCCAGCUUGGAUCCCAGGAAGGUCCAGUUCUAUUUCAAUAAGGAAAACUUUUAA